AUGCCCGUCACAGAACUAUCAUGCUUCGUAUGUGGCGCCUCCAUUGAAGAGUCUGACUAUCUACCAGGAUGGAUGGGUCGGUUCAGGGCCUUAUAUACCACUCUCGAGGACUGGAAUGCCGCACGUAUCUCUGGCAUUGGGGAACGGCAUCCAUUCGAAGAUGUUAUUCCCCUAGACCAGUCGGUCAAUGUCGACGUAUCCGAAUCCUCCAUGGACGAUGGCUCGGUGCAGAUUGAACUCAUGAAAUCAAAUUUUGGCGAGAAAUACCCCCCAGACCCGCCAUUGAUACCUCAGCCGCUCUGGGGAUUUCCACUUCAUGACUCAUGUUGGGACCUUUUAUGCACAACAGACGCCAGGUUCCAGGAACCACGUACCGUGCAGGCUCUUUUCGACCUUUGCAUGUCGCAUCCAACGCAGAACGGUAUACUGAACUGGGGCCACAACUACGAUGGUCUGGUCAGGUGCGAUGCGGAUAUCGUGAAGCUGCUCCCCGGAGAGGAGGCAAGACUCUACGAACCAAAGCGAGGAGGCACGUUUCAGAGAUAUAAUCCCUUGGAUAUUCCCAUGAAUAUUACAGGCACCCGUGGCGGACCGUAUCCUUCUAGGGAAGUUGGUUUUUUAAAGGAACGCAAUACUGGCAAAGGUUUCAUAUCCCAUACGUCGAUGAAGAAUGACCCGUUCGGCCGCUUGCCUCCUGAACUCCUCCUCGAGAUACUUACCCGUUGCGACUCGAAAAGCGUUGCGAAUCUUCGACUUGCUUCAAAAGCCAUGGCCAAUCUUGGACUCCCAGAGAGGUUUUGGUUUUCGAGGUUCUGGCCAGGUCAGGAAUUCGACUACGUUUUCGCACAGCCUGCUUUUCGAGCUGCGGUUCCUCUAUGGAUCAACUUUUACAACAGAGCGCGGCAGUUAAGGAAUCACCCAGCGUUCAGGAACAGGAGGCGAAUAUGGAAUUUGGCCUGCCAGCUCAGGGACUGGGUUAUCUUGAGACUUGAGUCGCCGGUUUGCCACGGGUCCCUCUGCAAGUCCUUUUUCAACCCCAAGGGGGCAAACAACGAUAAAGAAUGGCACACUGCAGAAGCACGUGUUUCUCCAGGAACCUCCAUCUUUUCUGUGGGUUGUCGGUCACUGAAUGAUGCAACAGUGACCAUCUCGGGUCAAAUAUCCAAGGUCUGGGCGUCAUUGGUAAUGCUCAACGAGAAGAGGUGUGUUUCUGGCCUCCGAGUCUCCCAGGAAGACGGGAAAUCCGUUCAGCUUGGAUAUCGUCACCCCAAGCACGAAGUCGCCUUUACGUGGGAUUCGCCUUUGGAGCCGUCUGACCCCUUUAUGGGGUUUCAUGUGGCAAUGGACAAUCAAGGUAUCCGUGGACUUUGUAUGGUCUCAGCCCAGGGAGUUUCGUCACGCUGGAAUGGAGAUCAUGAGGGCGUUCCAAAAAAGUCUAUCACAUGCAACGGCCAAGUGGAGGCUCUCAAAGGGGGGUUUGAUGCUCUGAAGAUGGUAUCGGUAGCUGUGAGCAGUCUUGAGCAGAGAUUAGAGAAGAGCAAGGUUGGCUUGGAGGAGUCUGCUCUCUGGUACCCCGAGCUACCAGAUCCUUCAUUACAGCUCAUGCCGAUACAAAACGAGCGUGUUUCCCGCUUGAUCGGCCACAUGCCCUACACGAUGUGUUUAUUUGGGGGUAUUGAUGGAGGGCUCCUCCCAUAUCUCACUGAAAUCGUCGUUUGGAUCGUCGAUCGUUGUGAUUUCGGAAUCUACGCUGAUAAAUUCCACAUCUGGGCCCUCGAGUUUCAUUACAGCAGUCAGAAGGACAACCUCGAGUCCAUCGUUUUCGGCCGAGUCCCGGAGGAAGAUCCAGGCACCUAUGAGCGCCGUCGCUACCAAAUCUCGAUCGACUCUCCCAAUGGGGAGAGGAUAAAUGGCGUCGACACCAUGUUUCAGGAUUCUCGCUUCCCCUUCGCCAUGACUUUCCAUACAAGUUAUGGAAGAAGCAUACAGACCCCGCCAGACUUUAGCUCAGCUGUAUCAAAGGAUGACUUUUUCACAGCGACGUUACAGCCAACCGAUGGAACGAUUGUUGGGUUCUUUGGCGUAUUGAAACACGAUGUUGUCUUUCAGAACUUGGGUGUGGCGUGCAUUCCGCAAUGAAGUAGGAUGAGCUGGACCUUGAGUGGGAGGUGCUGAAAUAGUAGAUAGUAAUAAUAGCUAGUUACCUCCCU